AUGGACGUUCUUCCACCGCCACGAUAUCUCUAUAAGAUAGUCCCCUCUUCUAGUCGGGUCCCCGAGCCUCUUCCGGAACGCCUUCCCGUCAGCCUCAUGGACCAGCGCUCGGGAUUUAUCCAUCUGUCGACGGCGCACCAGAUUCCCAAUACGCUCAAGUAUUUUUUCAGGGACGAACCGCUCGUGUAUAUCCUACGGAUCGAAUAUGACCGUGUAGAGCAGGAUAUCCGAUGGGAGGACCCCGAUGGCCAGGUGUGCGGACCACGAGCUGGAGAGGGCCAGUUUCCACAUCUAUACAACGGGUUGAAGUUGGGUCGGAGUGAAGUCGAAAGUGUCGCCAUAUGGAAGAACCAGGACGGAUGGGACGAAGUCAUAAAGAAGGCCAAGCCUUGGCUUCUUUACUGA